UAAGAGUGCGCAUCCCCUAAGAGUACGCAUUGCUAUUUUCUUACAGUUGGCAACAUUGAAAAAAAAGUGUAUAGCCUCAGAUUGUUCGUUACUGUGUGACAAACGAGUGGCGUGAAACUUGCAGCUGCACAAGAUUAUUUGUAGAUUUGAAAGGUGAGAGUUCAUUUGUUGUUGUUUUCAUGUAAUAUUUUUAUCGGGUAACUUAAGCUAUAGCAAGUAGGUAAACAGAGAUGCGUUCAUUAUCUUUAUAUUACGUAGCAGCUUUGGUUUUCAGCAUUCGUGUCGAUAAAGCCAUAUUAGCUUUUACGGUAUGUGCUGCUAUCUGUCGACUCUUUUAGAUACUUCGUGUUCAUUCCCUAAGAGUGCGCACAAAGUUUGUCCACAAGAGUGCGCGCGCACUCUUUGGAGCACCUUGCGUACUCUUUGGGACAAGUUUAUAUUAAUGCAAAAAUGAACAAUUUUAAUCAAAUAGGCCUAUAUUUGUUUCAGAAUGUCAUCUUCUUAUAAGAGAAAAUCGGAAAGAAAGUUAAUAUUUUCAGAAGAAAUCUUAAAUGAAGCAAGAAACAGAAUACUAAAUGGGGAAAGUCAACGAAAAGUUGCAAAGGAUCUGGGCACAAAGGAAUCUACGCUAAGGAAACGCCUAAAAGCAGGAUCCAUACCAGUGUCACUAGGAAGAUUGAAACGAGUUUUUACACCGGCUCAAGAGCAAGAACUAGCAGACCACAUAAGGGAUUUGGACAGCCGAUUCUAUGGCAUAGGGAGAAAGCAACUGAUGAGUUUGGCUUUUGAGUAUGCGACUCUAAACAAUAUUCCACACAGGUUCAACAAUGUGACAAAGGCAGCAGGGCGACACUGGGUGCAAGAUUUCUGCAAGAGGCAGAAUUUGUCCCUUCGAGCACCCGAAAAAUGCAGUCUUGGCCGUGCCAUUGGAUUUAACAGAGUACAGUGUCAGCGGUUUUUCCAUAACUUGAAACAAGUGUCAGAUGAAAAGAAAUUUCAUGCUCAUCGUAUAUUCAAUAUGGAUGAAAGUGGAAUCUCGUGUGUCCCAAACAAAGUUCCCAAAGUACUUUCUCCCAAAGGCAAACGUUCAGUCAGCAAAGUGUCUUCAGCAGAGAGAGGACAAACUGUGACAGUAGUUUGUUGCAUGAAUCCUGUUGGUUUCUAUGUGCCCCCUGCGAUUAUUUUCGCCAGGAAAAGAAUGAAACAAGAGUUAUUUAAAGAUGCUCCUGAAGGUUCUUUGCACAUGAUAUCUGAUAGUGGCUUCAUUAAUUCCGAUCUGUUUUUGGUCUGGCUUAAACAUUUCAAGACCUAUGUCAAACCAUCUGAGGAUGACCCAGUACUCCUAAUUCUAGAUAAUCACUCAUCCCACUAUUCUCUUGAGGCUGUUCUUUUUUGCCGAGAGCACAAUAUCACACUUCUUUCACUCCCUCCCCAUGCUACACACAAACUGCAACCUCUCGAUCGAGGAUUCUUCGGCCCUCUGAAAUCAAUGUUUGCUAUUGAAGCGGAGAAAUGGAUGCACAACCACCCCGGCCGUGCAAUUUCCAAUUCUGACAUUUGUUUUUUGUUCCGCAAUUCAUAUGAGAAGGUUGCCACCAUGGAGAAAGCAAAGAAUUCAUUUCGUGCAACAGGAAUUUAUCCUUAUAACCCUGAUGUGUUCAGCGACGAGGAUUUCAUCCCAUCUCAUGUGACUGACAGGCCAAAUCUAGAGGAGCCAAUGGACAGUGGCAACGAGGUGGUUCCUGUUGCUCCAGAUACUUCUGUACAAACUGUGAAAAACCCCAUCAUGCCUUCUAGCUUUGACACAUCCCCAUCAACUAUUGAAAAUCUUCAAGUUGAUAUGGAAUGUUUGGUGUCUAGUGAGAAUAAUGAAACAAUGCUGGACCAAAUACCGUCGACCAGUAAUAUUGUCCAUGUAGCUGGAUUGGAGUUUUCUAACGCUGAUGAGAAUGAUAUGCCGAUCGAUAGUGGUGUCGAGUUGUCGACUAGUGAAAUUAAUCUGGGUUGCCAAAUGCUAGCUGGUGUAUCAAGUGAGAAAAAUGUUAAGAAAAUUAACUCUUCCACCUGCAUUGUAAAUAAUAGUCCUAUGAAGGUAGAUCAGAGUGAGGGAAAGGGAAUCUCUCCAGCCAGCAUCGUACCUGUUCCCAAAGCAGACACAACAGUCAAGAGACAAAGGAAAGCCAGGCGAUCGGAAGUAAUGACAAGCUCGCCGUUUAAAAAUGCUCUUUUGCUGGAGAGUGAAAAGAAACGUUCACAAGAUUCACAGAAGUCAAAUAAGAAAGGAAAAUCAUCAGGUCCAUUGAAAAAGCGUAAAACUUCAAAGACAGUGGAAAGUGAUGUACUCUGUCCAGGAUGUGAUGAGAGAUAUACUGAACCAAUCUCAGAAGACUGGAUACAGUGUAUUAAAUGCCAACAGUGGUGGCAUGAGCAGUGUUCGUCAUUUGAAGGAUCUGUAACAUUUACUUGUGAUCUGUGUUAAGUGCGCACUCUUAGGGUAAACAAUGCGCACUCUUAGGGGCUAGCUCACCUAAGAGUGCGCAUUUGCAUGUAUUUGUUUUUGUGUGUUUUAUAACAAUAUGAACAGUUUUCACAUAAUUGAACAUAUGUAGAUGAAUGCAUAAUAGAUUAAUAAAACCGAAUUUGACUCAAACAUUUAUUGUUAAUUUAAAAUGUAGUCACAUAUGACUAUUGUU